UCACCACCCCACAGACGUCUCCGUGCCCUCAGAUUAUUCGACACCCCUCAUACCCCAAAAUCUUUACUCGAGAAAGCUCAACGACAGAAAUACAGACAGAUCAAAUCUGAAAGAAAAUCAAAUCGAGUUGUAGAAAAAGUUGAAGCCAAUGUCAAUCCAUUUACCCCAGUUAAUAACCGAGUUCCCAUCGGUGGAAAAAGAAAUAGGACAGACAUGAUCAAAUCUGUUUUAGAUGAUUCUACUGAUGAAGAUGAUGACCUUCCUACAUCCAAGAAAAUUGCCCUGCAUGAAAUCAACACCUCCAGAUAUAAUGAAGAAUUCUAUGAAAUGUGUAAAUUAGGUGAUGGUGAAUAUGGUUCUGUACAUAAAUGUGUUCAUAGACUCGACGGCUGUAUCUACGCAAUUAAAAAAUCAAAAACUCCAGUUGCUGGCAGUGUUUAUGAACGAAAUGCCAUGAAUGAAGUUUAUGCCCAUGCAGUCCUUGGUAAACACGCCCACGUUGUACGAUAUUACUCAGCCUGGGCUGAAGAUGAUCACAUGUAUAUACAGAAUGAAUAUUGUAAUGGAGGAAGUUUGGCUGAAAUAGUAGAAGAUAACAAGAGAACUGGGGGUCAAAUCAUGGAAUCAGAAUUAAAGCAGAUUUUAUAUCAGGUUGCCCUUGGUGUUAAAUAUAUCCACUCACAGAAUCUAGCACAUUUAGAUAUUAAACCAGGAAAUAUUUUCAUCCAUCGUAACCCUCGACUACUCGCCUCUCCCGAAUCUGGCGUAGAAUCGUGUGAAGAUGAAGAAGAAGAAUGUGAAGAAGCCGUUACAUAUAAAAUCGGUGAUCUAGGUCAUGUGACUUCACUAGGUAAUCCUGUCGUAGAAGAAGGUGAUUGCCGAUAUUUACCUCGUGAAUUAUUGAAUGAGGAUUAUGAUUUAUUGAGCAAGUCAGAUAUUUUCUCUCUGGCUCUGUCAAUCUAUGAAGCAGCCUCCAACCAGAAUUUACCCAAGAAUGGUGAAGAUUGGCAUUUAAUUCGAGAUGGUUAUCUCCCUUCUCUACCAGGUUAUUCUACACAGUUUCACUCUUUACUCAAGUCUAUGAUUCAUCCUGACCCUAAAGAACGACCCUCAGCACUUGCCCUGGUUCAACACCCAUAUCUCUGCCCACAAUUAAAGAAAACUAAAGCCCAACUCCGAAAAGAAUUAAAUGAAGAAAGAUUCAAAAAUCAGAUUUUGUCAAGAAAAUUAAUCGAAGCUACACAGUUUCGUGUAGAAUCCACCCCAAUUUCCCGACCUACCAAUUUAGUACGACCUUUCAACCUAACGCCAGCCUCGGCACCGACUUCUGUGGAAACAGACUCUCGUUCACGAAGAAUAGUGGGUAGUAAGAUGAAACGCAGUGUUAGUUUGUCU